AUGAGCGAUCCGGUAAAGAGCUAUAAUAAAUUGAGACGUCAAGGAUCGCGUAGCUCUGUGCUUGCUGCUGAAGCUGGUAAAAAACGAUUCAAUGGAGCGACAGCUGAAUCGUUGGGCAUGUCGUCUUGGGUUCAACAUAAGAAACACUUUUUUAUUCUUAGCAGUGCUGGAAAACCUGUAUGGACGAGAUAUGGCGACGAGUCGCGGAUAUCAUCUUUAAUGGGAGUGAUUCAAGCAAUUAUCUCCUUUUUUCAAGACGGAGAUGAUACGAUAAAAUCAAUCAAUGCAGGUAAUCACAAGUUUGUCUUUGUACACAAGGAGCCCUUAUAUUUCGUUGCUGUAUCAAGGACAGGCGAAUCGGAUGUGCAGUUACGAGAUCAGCUGCUCUACCUGCACAAUCAAAUCAUUAGCGUCUUGACAAGCGCUCAACUCACAAAAAUAUUUGAGCAGCGCGUGAAUUUCGAUCUUCGUCGUCUAUUAGGUGGCACCGAGGUGUUUUUGGAUAGCUUAUCAACGCUUUUCAACAAGGAUCACAGUUUCAUGCUGAGCGCGCUUCAAGUUCUCAGGCUAAACAGGAAUGUGCGCGAGCAAGCAGGGUCUAUUAUAUCGAACGGGCAUGUGAAGGACCUCCUAUAUGCCAUGAUUGUAGCAAAAGGGCGGUUAGUGACACUUUUACGGCCACGGCGGCACAGUUUGCAUCCAUCAGAUCUCCACUUAUUGUUUAAUAUGCUGACGGGCUCGACAACUUUCCAUGCGGCUGAAUCAUGGACACCACUCUGUUUACCCAAAUUCAACUCUAAAGGUUUUCUCCAUGCAUACAUAUGCUAUAUUGCAAAAGAUGUAUCCAUUGUGAUGAUAAGCACAGACAAGGAUCGAUUCUUUGAACUGAGCGAGCAGCAACAUGGCAAGAACCUGGGAAAGAGGAGAUAG